AAUGCAAAUCAAUUGAUAUAAUUUAUACAAUUUGAUAUUUUUUUGGAUUUUAUUUUUGAUAUUCUAUUUCUCACGGUUAAAAUUAACCUUCCCUUAAAAUUAUAGACUGUUCAUGUCUUUUACAGUUUGGAAACUUCAAAUCAGCAAGAGAUUCAAUAAUUAUUUACUUCACUGUAUAGUGUAACCUUCUGUUCAAUUUAGCAUCUUCUAUUUCAGGAGGUUCAUUAUGUCCAGCGUUUGAACGGUGACUAAAACAGGCUGUUAUCUACAGGGCGCCUGUGGUCAGUGACAUAAUGCAGAAGCUCUUCCUCAUCCUAGUCGAACACAGGCAGCACAAGUGAACUGCUGUGAGGUCUUGGGUUUCCUGUGUGUACUGCUGUUGUUCCUUUUUUAACUGAAAAUUUGACUUACUCACUGCAUUUCGCUGGAGUUUGCGCUGGAGUAAACAGAGCUACAGAGGCUGAGAUGACACCGUUACAGUUUAAAGAUGCGUUCUGGGGCCCAGACUUUGUUAGCAACGCCGGGUACGAGGCCCUCACCCAGAGGCUCUACGAUGGCCGGCGGGCCUGCAAAGACAUGGAGGAGCUCUUGAAGAUGAGGGCGAUGGCAGAAGAGAAGUAUGGCAAAGAGCUAGUGGCUAUUGCACGAAAGGCUGGAGGCCAAAGUGAAAUAGGCACUUUAAAGGCUUCGUUUGACCAACUCAAAGCACAAAUCGAGAACAUCGGAAACUUGCACAUCCACCUCUCGGGGAUGUUAAAAGAAGAAGUCAAGCGCAUGGAGCAGUUCAGAGAACGUCAGAAAGAGCAGCGGAAAAAGUUUGAGGGAAUCAUGGAGAAGGUUCAUAAGACCAAAGUCUCUCAGUACAAGAAGACGAUAGAGUCUAAAAGAUCAUAUGAGCAGAGAUGCAGAGAGGCAGAUGAGGCGGAACAAGCAGCUGAGAAAAUCAACAACACCACCACCCCAAAACAGGCAGAGAAGGUACAAAACAAGGCCAAACAGUGCAGAGAGGCAGCAGGAGAUGCAGAGAAGCAGUACAUGUCAAACAUUGAUCAACUGGACAAGAUUCGUCAGGAAUGGGAGACGACGCAUGAGAGCACAUGUGAGGUGUUUCAGCAGCAGGAGGGAGAUCGGAUCAGUAUCUUAAGGAACGCUAUUUGGGUUCACUGUAACCACUUCUCAAUGCAGUGCGUAAAAGAUGACGAGAGUUAUGAGGAAGUACGGACAGUUAUGGAAGGAUGUGACAUCACAGCAGACAUCAACAGCUUUAUUGAGCUGAAGAGAACAGGAAGUUCUCCCCCACCACCUGUUUUAUUUGAGAGCUACUAUAACCGAGAGUUUGCAGGUGAGAGCAAUGGGACGGCUCGUUUUGGGGGAGGAGUAAUAAAGAGGUUUUCUAACCUGCUGCAGGGAAACUGCUCUGGUGGGUCCAGAAACUCCAGUGACUGCCCGCAGUCAACAGCGCCCCCUACAGGUAGCAGCUCAGAUGGGGUAUAUGCUUCCAUUCCUGGCUUUGAAAAUGCAGUUCCAAAUAGCACAGGCGGUCAAGGAGGAGAGUACCAGGCUCUGUAUGACUACAUCGCACAGAGUGCUGACGAGCUCUCCAUAUCGACGGGGGACAUUCUGCAGGUGGUGGAACAGGGAGAAGACGGCUGGUGGACGGUGCAAAGGAAUGGGCUGAGCGGCCUGGUGCCAGGCUCGUAUCUGACCAAGAUCUGAGCAGAAAUCAGCACAGAACCAGAAACAGGAUUCUUCAGGGAGUUAAACAUGGGUGUUUGUAAAUGUGUCAUUGUGCUUAUGAGCUAAGAGAGACUAUAUAUCAUUACUUAUUAAAGUAACAAGGAAGCAGAUGAAUCACAAUAAGGGCUUUAGUUUUUUUUGUAAUUUAGGGUUUUUAGGUCAUAGCACAACAAACAAACUUGAUGUCAUUAAUAUUGCUUAUAAUAUUGGUCAUUUUAUGUACAUUAGAUUGUCUUGCAGAAAGUGAGAACUGGUGUUAGUGAGGCAGUCAUGUAAUUUGGGUCAACCCACUGAAAAUUCUUGGUAGAAUCACAAUGUAAUAACGUAAAUAUAUAUACUCAUUGACGAAAAUAAGUAUUUUCCCAGCUGCAAAGAAUGGAGAGGUCUAUAAUUUAAUCUUGGGUACACUUUAACUGUGAGAGACAGAAUAAAACCUUAAAAAUGCUUCGUAU